AAACGAGGGGCUUGCUCGACCACGCGCAGGGGGAGAUACAGAGAGGGCGGGGUGCGCUCGAGCAGGAGAUGCAGGCCGGGAGGGGCGCGAUCGAGCGCGCGGUGGAGCAGGUGCGCGAGGCGGCGGAGGGCGGGGUGGGAAGGAUGGUGAGCAACGGGGCGCGGCGCGCGACGGACUAUUUCGUGCAGGCGCCGCUGUCGCCGACGGGGACCGGGACGGGGCCGAUGUCGGAGUGGCGGAGGAGCGCGAUGACGGGGACGACGACCAAGUCGCUCACGAUAGCCCAACGGCUCGAACCCACCCUCGAGUUUGCUCAGCGCGAGCGCGCCAAGUACGCGCGAAAAGCCCGCCUCACGGGCAUGGCGCUCAACGUCGCGAUCGGCUCGCAGGUCGUGCUCGGCGCGCUCACGACCGGGCUCGCGGCGGCGACGACGGGCCGGACGACGUCCGUCGUCGUGUCCGUCUUCGGCGGCGCGUCGACGUGCGUCGCGACCUACCUCGCGCGCGUGCGGGGCUCGGGCGAGCCCGAGACGUCCAAGCAGCGCGUGCGCGAUCUCGACCAUUUCGUGAGGGAGGUGCAGGCGCUCAUGUUGGACAAGGGCUAUAUCCUCAGCAGGGUGGACGAUCAUGGGGAGCAUAUAAGGGACCAUUAUGACGAUGUCAUCGACGACCUCAGGAGGCGGUUCGAGGAGCUGAUCGGGAACAACAUCGAUAACGGCACGCCGGAGAAGAGCAGGAUGCCGAUGAAAACCAGCGUAUGAAGGACCAGACCAUCGAGAGGCGUCUCGCGCAUUAUUAUGCUUUGGUUCUGCGCGGGUGAUGACGGACUUACGUCCCGUCCCCCCCUUAGCGAAUUCGCUCGUGCGCUCGUGCAUAUAUACUCCAUCCCCCGCGCGCACCACUUUACGUGGGCCGAAACCUCGGUCGUUUUCGGAUGUUCUCUGCCUCUGCCUUUUGACACGGGAGCCACGGUGCAAGGACGAAAGAAUACGCGACCUUGGGGCGCGUGUUCGUUCCAUACAUAAUCGCUAUCGUAAUGCAUAUUCAU